CACAUAUAGCUGUUGACAAGGGAACACACUCAUAUUUCAGCAGGCCGGCACACCUCUCUCUUUGCUUUGGGAGGAGUCAGGGAGGCUGUUUACAUCCAUUUGACUUCAUACAGCCACUUAAGAUUAGUUAUAAGAGGAAAAAGAUUACUGCAGCACUCACCGACCCUGAGGUGCGGACCUGCGAGAUGCACUGCUAUGGGGACUUGGUCAGCUAUCUCAGCUAUGGGAUGAUCCUGACAGGACUCUGGCACCUGGUCCGUCACAGGACGACACAGACCUCCUAUGGCCGCCACAUGGGAUUCCCACCUCCGGCUCGGAUGGUCCCAGCGAGACUAGCCUGGUUCCUCCAGGAGAUGCCAGCCCUCUUGAUCCCCCUACUUUUAAUGCUCACCUCAUACAAACCCUCCAGUGUGGGGAAGUACCAGCUGCUUGGCUCCUUUUGCGUGCACUACUUUCAAAGGACAUUUGUUUAUUCACUCCUGACCAGAGGAAAGCCUUUCCCACUUGAUGUGAUGGUGGCGGCAGGUUUCUUCUGCUCUCUGAAUGGUUUCCUGCAGGGACACUACCUGCUGCACUGUGCCCAGUUUGAUGAUGAAUGGUCAGCUGACUACCGCUAUAAAACUGGUUUACUGCUGUUUUACAUUGGAAUGGCCAUCAAUAUACACAGUGACUAUAUUCUUCGCAACUUGAGAAAACCAGGGGAGGAAGUUUACAAGAUUCCUGCAGGAGGUCUGUUUGAAUAUGUGUCUGGUGCCAACUACUUAGGAGAGAUAGUGGAGUGGUUUGGCUAUGCUGUCGCAACCUGGUCCCUUCCAGCCCUCUCCUUCGCUGUGUUUAGCCUGUGUUUUAUUGGACCGCGGGCCUACUACCAUCACAGGUUUUACCAAGAGCAAUUCAAAGACUAUCCCAAGUUACGAAAGGCUUUGAUUCCAUUUGUCUUCUGAGCAGAGAGUGGAAGACAAGGACAGGUCUCUGCUAUCCUAAUUUUAAACAGAAAUUACACAAAUCUGUUUUGAUUUUGCCUGCAGUUGUUACUAUAUUGUAUUCUACACAACCAUUCUUAUAUUACAGAUUCAUUGUUCAUCUCUUUCUGUACACACUGCUAUGGAAGAAACACACUGAAUAACUUUGUUGAAAGAGAUUUUUUUUCACUAAAUGUUCAAAGUUACAUAACAAAAAUAACAUAGAUCAACGUCAUUACACUGAAUGUAACACGGUUCAGAUUUAAGUCUGACUGACAUUCUAUAACAAUAAGGUGUUAGUAGUGAGUGUACAGCUUGUAUAACAGUGUAAAUUUGCGGUCCCCUCAAAAUAACACAUCACACAGCCAUUAAUGUCUAAACCGCUGGCAACAAAAGUGAGUACACCCCUAAGUGAAAAUGUCCAAACUGGGCCCAAGUAGCCAUUUUCCCCAGAAUCAUGUGACUUGUUAGUGUUCUAAAGUCUAGUGUGUCUGUGAAUGGGGACCAGGUGCGUUAAAUUUGGUGUUAUCACUCUCACACUCCCUCAUACUGGUCACUGGACGUUCAAAAUGGCACUUCAUGGCAAAGAACUCUCUGAGGAUC